GGUGCCGGCGGGCGCUGCCCGGCCCCGCGGCGCCGCUGCCGCCGAUGCUAUGCCAAAGCCAGAGGUGUCCGCAUCCUACCAGGAGAAAUUCCAACAAUUGCAAGUUGAGAGCAUGUUUGGAAAUUGAACCACUGUUUUAACUACACAGCUGAGUGAAGAUGUGGAGCGAGUAUCUGAAAAUCCAACAGAGGAGAGAGAAGGAGAUAUGGAAGUUCAUGAAGAUUCCAGCUCUGUAAUUUUACCAGAUGGUGAGCUGGGUACCACUACCCCUUCUCUACGUUUCAGCAAAACCUGCCUAAAGAAUGUUUUCUCUGUAAUACUCCUGUUUAUUUAUCUGCUGCUCAUGGCUGUAGCUGUGUUCCUUGUCUACCAAACCAUCAGUGACUUCAGGGAGAAGCUCAAGCACCCAGUGAUGUCUGUCACUUACAAGGAAGUGUCCUUCUAUGAUGCACCUGGAAUUGCCUUUUACCCAGGCAAGGCUCAGCUGCUCAGCUGCAAGCAUCAUUACUACGAUCACAUUCCACCUCUGGUGAAUCCAGGUCAGCCAGGAGACAUUGAAUGCACCACUCAGAGGAUCAACUACACAGAUCCUUUCACUAAUCAAACUAUGAAGUAUGCUUUGGUUGUUCAAGGCCCUCGUGAUGUGAAGAAAAGGGAGCUGGUGUUUUUGCAGUUCCAUUUAAAUGAAACAGACCAAGAUUUCAGUGCCAUUGACUACCUGCUGUUUUCUUCUUUCCAAGAGUUUGUCAGCAGUCCAGAAAAAGCAAAAUUCAUGAAGGACUGUGAAAGUUCAUACUCCAGCUGGAAGUUUUCUGGAGGCUUCCGAACUUGGGUCAAGAUGUCCUUGGUCAAAACAAAAGAAGAAGAUGGUAGUGAGACUGUUGAAUUCAAACAGGAGACCAGUGUGGUUAACUACAUUGACCAGAGAACUAAACCAGGGAGUGACCAGCUGUUCUUUGUGGUGUUUGAGUGGAAAGACCCUUUCAUACAGACUGUUCAGGACAUUAUCACAGCAAACCCCUGGAACAUGAUUGCUCUCCUCUGUGGUAUCUUUCUGGCCCUGUUUAAGGCAGCAGACUUUGCUAAGUUAAGUGUUAAGUGGAUGAUCAAGAUCCGAAGAAGGCACCUGAAGAGGACUCGGCAAGUCACGAACCACAUAAGCUGAGCCUCAGACUGAAUUUAAACUGUUCAUAGCAGGAGGGACAGAAAGUAACUGGAAUGAGCUGCAAUCAGCAAUUCAAGCUGAAAACCAGGUAUGUUUUAUUCCAGAGAGAUGCUGGCUGGAGGAACAGCCUCGUGACCCGGCCCUGGAACUGCAGAGGCGCUAACUCUAGGACAGGUCUAACAAACUCGUGCUUUUCUAGUCCAAGUUUAACAAGUUUACCUGCGUGUAUGGGGGAGCCAGGGGGAAAGGAGGGAACUCAGUUGUGUUCAGAAAGCCAUCCCUGUAGUAAAUUGUGAAAAGUGGACAGUGUUAGAAUGUUUCUCCAGCAGACCCUUUAGUUUCUGCAUCAGCUGUGAGCUGCUCCCGUAGCACAGUCACUGCCCUGAUGGUGCUUAGUGGAAGGCAAAGUGCUCUGCAAACAUCCUGGCCUCUCUUCUCCAAAGUGUACUUUAAAACAAAAUACACUGGAAUUCCAUUACAUGUCAUCUUUAAAUCAAAGUACAAUGACUUUAAUAUUAAAAAAUACUUCAAGUAAUCUAUUGUGUGCCUUCUUUGAAACUACCUGCUCUCAGGUUGGGAAGGAGCUUCACAGGAGGCAAGAGUGCUGUGGCCUGAGGAAAAGGUGAAAACCACAGAUCAGUCCAGCUCAAAGGAAACUCAAGCACCAGGACAAUGUGGGGGGCUGAGUUGGUGGCUAAUCUCAAAGUCUGUCUCAGGCUGUUGUUUAUCCCUCCUUCUCUAUCAGUCUUUCAGGAAGUGAAAAACAGUCUUUCCUCAGCAGGCAUGUUACUGUGAUUCUCUGUUCUGUGGGGAAUGCCUGCUCACCAACUGUGCUGGGGUGCUGGUGUCUUUUUCUUCCUUAUAAGUCCCUUGUUAGCUGGGAUGCCUGACUGGGACGUGUGGAGUCUGCAGGGAGCAGGGCACCACGGUGUGUUUGCUCUGAAGCCUUUGCUGCAAGGAUGCCAACUCAGAAUUUGCUUCUUCCUUCCUCUUCCAGCAGAGUACUUAGAGGAGUGAGUGUGUCCAGUCACCCCCUAACCUUCCUUCCUUGCUUUUGGCAUCUGAGGAAGCCUUUUGGGACAAAAUUUCCUACUUUCAGCUGGCUUCCAGAGCAAAUUAAGGCACUGCAUUGACCAGCCAGCCUUAAACAGGGGAGCAACAACUCAUUGCAGUAAGAUAAAUAAAAUAGCAGCACUGGCUGUUUGGGGGAGAAUGUUUACUCAGGGGACAAAGAUGUUUCUAUGGGAGAAAGGUGGUAUCCAGUCCCCACCUUCAGCAUCUCACAAGGAUGGCUCCU